AUGGACCAUCUUCCGCCUCCAGUCCAGGGCCCGACUGCCAAGGAAAAGAAAUAUGACCGUCAACUGCGCCUCUGGGGAGCUACCGGCCAAAUCGCACUCGAGAAGUCACAUAUCCUGCUCAUCAACUCCGGCCCAGGCGUUGUUGGCGUAGAGACGCUCAAGAACCUCGUCCUUCCCUGCAUCGGCAAUUUCACCAUCCAGGACUCCGCCGUUGUGAGCGAAGCGGAUCUAGGCGUCAACUUCUUCCUAGAAGACCAGCACCUGGGAGGGUACCGCGCAGAACACACGUGCAAUCUUCUUAAGGAACUCAACCCAGAUGUGGAUGGUCAUUUCAUCACAGAGCCCAUAGAGUCAUGGCUUGCCAAACCUGACGCUCUACGGCCGUAUACCCUCGUCCUCGCGACUGCACCUAUCCGUCCUGAGAUCCUCGCUAAGCUCUCCGACCACGCAAGCGCCGCGCUUCUCCCGCUGUUCUACGUCCACUCGGUCGGCUUCUACGCCCACUUCUCCGUACACCUGCCUCCUGCCUUCCCCAUCGUAGACACACAUCCCAGUCCCGAGACCACAUCAGAUCUCCGGCUAUUGAGACCAUGGCCAGAGCUUGUACAGUACGCCGAAGAGAAGACGGCCGACUUGGAGAACAUGAAGCCAGAAGAUCACGGACAUGUCCCAUGGAUAGCACUACUGCUGCAUUUCCUUGAGCGUUGGAAGAAAGACCACGGCGGCGAAGUACCCCAGACAUACAAGGAGAAGACCGAGUUCAGAACGUCGGUAGCGCAAGCCGCACACACCAACAACCCAGAAGGUGGCGAAGAGAACUUUGACGAAGCAGUGGCGGCCGUUCUCAAGUCGCUGAACCCACCGCAAGCGAGCAGUUCUGUCAAAGAGAUUUUCACGGCGCCAGAGUGUCUUCUGAUCCGCGACGACUCCCCAAGUUUCUGGGUCAUUGCCAACGCUAUCGGUCUAUUCUAUACCAAAUACAACGUCCUCCCAGUUCCUGGUUCUGUACCCGAUAUGAAGGCGCGCUCAGCAGACUACAUUCAGCUGCAGAAUGUGUACAAGGCAAAAGCACGAAAGGAUCUGGCAGAGGUGGUAGAUAGUGUCCGCUUCCUGGAGCGUAAUGCUAACCGGAGCACGCAAAUCGAUGAGAAGGACAUUGAGACAUUCUGUAAGAACGCAGCACACAUAAAACUAGUGCGCGGGCGGCCAUUUCACGUCGUACAAGCAGGCGAAAAGAUCAAGUGGGGUGAUCGUGCCAAGUCAAUCGCCCAAACGCUCACAUUCCCUGACUCACAGAUCCCGCUUUACAUUGCUUUCCUAGCUUGGGAUGAGUUUGUUGCGACACACGAUCAAGAUGGCUCAGGAGGAGCACCUCGCGUUGCUGGCGAGACCGACCCCGAAACAGACUCAGAGAAGCUCACAGGGAUAGCCUUGAAGAUUGCGAACGAUCUCAUCAAAGAAGCAAAUGCGUCUAUUGAGGAAGAAGAGUUCGACACGAUCAAGUCGCAGGUUGGAGAAUAUGCACAGGAGCUUGUGCGAGCAGGCGGCGCCGAAUUACACAACAUCGGUGCCUUGACUGGUGGAAUCGUUUCACAGGAGAUCAUCAAGGUCAUUACAGAACAGUAUGUUCCUGUCGACAACACAUGUGUAUUCGAUGGGAUCAAGAGCAAGAGUACCGUUUUCAAGACUGCGCAGAGCGAGAGUGGAAAGGUGCUUGUACGAAUUGCGAGCCGUACAAAAAUCCACCCUUUUCCUCAACUCCCCGAUCGCGACCCACUUCCGCUGAUGACAAAGCGAUCAGAACCCAAGCGCGGUCACGUGGUCGACGUGACGCGAUCGAAGCCGGCGCGUCGGAGUCCAGCCCAAGAGGACCCGUCUGUCAACUCUCUGUCAUACCAAGUAAUUCCUGUCUGCGAUAGACCCAUGGACUCUUCCUUCGAUCUCCCCGACUCCACCGAUUGGAUCAAGACUUCCCUACCCGCGUUCGAACCGCUCGAGGCUGCGUUGCGCUGCGAAGUCUGCAAGGAAUUCUACAACAACCCUGUCAUCACGUCGUGCAGUCAUACCUUCUGUUCAAUAUGUAUACGAAGAUGCAUUGCGGCGGACGGGAAGUGUCCAAGCUGCAAGACUGGAUGUUCCAGCGACAAACUGGCGCCCAACAUUGCCGUCAGAGAAGUGGUGAUGCGGUUCCAGGAGGCGAGACCAAAGGCUAUGGAGUUGGCGCGUGCAGACAAAGAAGGAGAGACUGCAGCAGCUAGUAAAAAGAAGAGGAAACUAGACGAUACGGAUAUGGAAGAUGGGGACAACGUCAGGCAUACACGGUCGCGACAAACACGAACGAGAAGCCAGCGCAACAACGACAGGAGUGAAUCGCCAAUGGUCGUCGCUGAUAGCGAGGAUGAUGGCGAUGAGGAUUUCAUGCCAGACGGCAUGGCUAGGUGCCCAAUGUGCAACAAAGCGAUGAAGGCGGAGCUGGUCUACAACCAUCUGGACGUAUGCACCGGGCCUGAAGCUUCGCAGGGACGCAGUACCCGGUCAAGGACUAAAAGCGCCUUUCCACCUGCCUUCCAAAUCCGGAAGAAGGACCCCUCGCCUCCGCCUAUGAGAUUGUCACAGCUCAACUACGCUAUGUUGAAGGAGACUGCGCUGCGCAAGAAGUUACAAGAAAUUGGCAUACCUACCUGGGGUACAAAAGACUUGAUGAAGAGGCGACACAUCGAAUGGCUGAACAUCUACAACUCGAAUUGCGACGCUGAUGAGAGCGUGAGGAAGAGUAAGAAGCAGCUUUUGAGAGAGUUGGAUGAGUGGGAGCAGACACUUGGUGGGAAGGCGGGCACUAAAGAGAGCAAAAUAAUGAAGAAGGAUUUCGACGGCAAUGGGUAUGCGAAGUCACACAAAACCGAAUUUGACGACCUAAUAGCGCGAGCACGGCAGAAGCGAGGCACCCCCAAGACAGACAGUGAAGAGCCUUCUGAGCGAAACACGCCUGCAAAAGAGCAGAACACCGAAUCGCAUGUUUGCCACACGGAACCAGUCAACAGUAUCGAAAUCUCUAACCAUGGAUCAUCGUCGAACCAUGUUCCCUCGGAUAGACAAGCAUCGCCAUCGAAUAGCGGCAAUCCUUGCGAAAACAACGAAUUAGCGCUUGAUGGUAUACGAGCGAAAGUUGAAGAAGCCAGAAUCACAUCCGCCGAAGUACCUGCCUUGACGUCUGAGCAGUCGAUAGAGGGCGGAGGAAGGCAUGGCUCAGCGACUAUGGACGGCGUACAGAAUUCUUUAGGAAGUCCAAAUCGCAACAUGCCCAUGGUUGCGCUUCCAGAAGAACCAGUCCGAGAUGUGGAGGGAGGCACAGCUGUGCAAUCUUAG